GUCUACGAUUCCGCCACGUGUACGGUGGAUGGAUAGCUCCGACCACCCCCACUCUCCACUAUAAAUACAGGGCCGAGCUGAACGUUGAAAAACCAUCCCACAAAACAGAGCAAUCAAACAAACACUCUCUGGCCUCUGCUUUCUUCUUCUUCUCUAAACUCUCAAACCAACCCAAAUAAGAAUGUCUUGCUGCGGAGGAAAGUGCGGCUGCGGCUCAGCCUGCAAGUGCGGCAGUGGCUGCAACGGGUGCAGCAUGUACCCUGAUCUCGCCGAGACCUCCACCACUUCCACCCAGAUCCUCAUCGCCGGCGUUGCCCCGGUCAGCAUGGGAUUUGAGAGCUCGGAGAUGAGCUUCGGUGCUGAGAACGGCUGCAAGUGCGGAUCAAACUGCACCUGCGACAACUGCGGCUGCAAAUGAACAAACCCACCAUUAAUCCUCGCUCGGUCCCAUGGUUAUUUAAUAAACUAAGAAAAUGAAGACAAAGGAAGUUGUUGUUGGGGUCGGGUGUCUUAGCGCUUUGGCCCUGCUGUAAAUAAAGAACAGCCAUGGCAGGGGUUUGCUUGUAGAAGAAAGGGGUUUACUCUUUUUUUCUUCCGUCUCUGUUCUUAAUCUGCUGCUGCUGCUGUGG